CCGCUGGCGACACGCAAGAUGCCUCGUCGGAAGACUGAGAAGCGCCAGUCGGCCAUUGACAAGGUGGUAACCAGGGAAUACACCAUCAACCUCCAUGCUCGUCUACAUGGAGUCAGUUUCAAGAGGAAAGCCACCCGUGCUAUCAAGGAGAUCCGCAAGUUUGCCAAGCAGCAGAUGAACACGGAUGAUGUACGCAUUGACUUGAGGCUUAACAAGUUUAUCUGGAGCCGUGGUAUUAGGAAUCCUCCUUUCCGUGUACGUGUGAGACUUUCUCGCCGCCGCAACGAGGAUGAGGAAUCCAGCCGCCCCUUCUACACCUUGGCAACUCUUGUGCCAGUCGCUUCCUUCAAGGGACUUGGAACCGAGAAUGUAGAUGAAGGCUCUGAGUAAAAUUUGUGUAUAA